UGUGCGUCACCGUCCAUUUCUCUCUGGGGGCCUCCAAUUCCACUCCAGCCCAAGCAAGCUCCAGCUCCAGCUCCAACAAACUCCAAGUUCUGGAGCUCACUAGAAAAAAAAAUCAUCGUCGUCAGCUUCGCCACGGUUCUAGCCUUUCUCUCUCAUAGAAUCCCUGUGCGAUUCCUCUACCAACCAAAGUUGUUGAGCAGGAGGCAACAAUUCCUCUCUACUAGUCGCUUUUUUUCUUCACCGGCUUCUUUUCUAUCCGUGCGGUUCUUGCCAUAAAGAUUUAUAUCACAGACGUCAUGCUACGAUAGUUUGCUGUGCUGGUUCUACGAUCUUCUUACGGCGAGCUUUCUACUCUGACAUAGCUUCCUCUGGCGCAUUGCAGCAAACGACUGCCAAGAUGAUGAGAUUAUACCUCCUACCGCUCUCGACGCGGCGAACUCUCCUCUAUGCGAAACGACUCGAAGCAAAUACUGCGCCACAAGGAAGAACAUAUGUUGACAAGGGCACUGCCUGGGCAGCCAAGACGUGGGCGCAAUGGGAGAAGAUGGAGUCUGGAUGGAAGCGCAAGGUCGUCGAUUACGGCAACUACGCUUUUCGUCGCAUCCCAUAUGAAGAAUGGGGCUUGAAGUCUGUACCGCCUCUGUCGGUGAGACGCCGUGGGAAGGAGAUUGAGAUGAAGGAAAAGGUCGACUUGUGCUUCCCGAGCUCGGUGAUACCGCCGAAUAAGGCGGAGGGUAUCCUCAAGACUCUUGCGACGGAGCGUCAGGCGCUGCACAAAAAGAGGCUUGUGUGGUGCAUUGUCGGCAUGCCGAUUACUAUUCCAUUUGCGCUCGUACCCAUCAUCCCCAACUUGCCCUUCUUCUACCUCGUCUACAGAGCGUGGUCACACGGCAGAGCCAUCUCAGGUGGAAAGCAUCUCCAAUGGCUCCUCGAGAACAAGCUCCUACGCCUAGCUCCCUCUGAGAAGCUCGACCGGCUUUACGCACUACAUGCCCCACCAGCCGAAGAGCCGGACAAUAAGGAACGCACCCUUCUUACACAAAAGGAAGUUCAGACUUUCUCAGACACUCUUGACAUGCCGGCUCUUGAAGUGGAGCUCGAAAGGGCUAUAUGGCAGGUCGAGCAAGCCGUUCAAGACCCAGAUAGUCAGAGCCCACCUAAAGAGAGUUCACCUGGUGCAGCUGCCGAGAAACCAGGGUCCACUGAAACGGUGGACAAGAAAGAUCAAUGAGAAAAGAAGAAUUAGUUACGCAUGAGUUUUCUUUAUGUUAGACGAUGUAUGAUACCUAUGUACUAAGCUAGGAGUGUAUUUUGGUACGGUUAAAGAAAUGGUUGGUUGUAUUUGUAUUUGUAUUUGUGUUUGUGUUUGUAUUAGACUGGAGUGAAUACCUAGGAAAAGGCAAAGGCAAAGGAAAAACAGGCGUAAGUACGCGGGUAUAUCUAUAGAAAAGGUCCUCUCCCCAACGCGCCGCGCCUAACAAAUGUUGGCGUAGUGGUACAAUCGCAAUCAUCAUAAAAUUCAUGGCUUUUCGUUCAUCUUCGCCCUUCUGUGCAAGUCAUAAUGUCUCAGCUGCUCUGAGCAUAUCGCGGACCUUGAGAGCGGGGAGAAGGCCGACGAGACCCAUGGCGAGCAGCAUGCGUCUUGUCCUGAGACAUGUGAGAUCGGGAAGACGGAUGUUGCUGGCGAUUCGGUGGGCGUCGGAGAGUGAGAAGUUGAGGCCGAGGUUCUUGAGACCGGCCAUUGAAUACAGACAGUUCUAGAGAUUGUUAGAUACAUUCUUGGUGAGAUGUACUGGGGAGGAACUUACUCGGCUCUUUGGUGGUGCUUUAUGUCCCAUGACAGCAGCUUCAGCAUAUUCAUACUGAACAACCUGAGCACUCAGAACAUGUCCUCUCCAAGCAUCCGCUGCCUUUACGCGAAGGAGUCGUUGAGUGAGAGUGUGAGAUCCAGGAGGUCCUCGUCGACUUCUUCUUCGGCGCACAAUACGUCCUGAAGCUGUGGCAUAUUUGUUCUCGGGUCCAUGGUUCGUAGGGUUGAGAGGAGAUGGAAAGACUGGGGCGUACGAAGACGCAUUGUGAUAGUUACAGGCGACCAUUGCUGUUGUUGUUGUUGUUAUUGUUGUUGUUUGAUGGUAUUCAGUAUUUCGUCUGGAGGAUGAAAAGAGAGGAAUCUCAGAGGGAGACCAAGUUAUGGAAUAUUACUCUUGAGGGAGAUGUAAAAGAACGAGGGAUGAUGAUACUAUCUGCACAAGAGGAUAUCCUCGAAUCCUUAUAUUCAAUUCCUCUGGAGUAAAACUGACACUAGUGCCAUCACUCUAUCCUCCCCAAGCCAUGUAAUUAGAGAAAAAAUGAUCUCCAGGGGCUGGACGGCCCAAUACUAUCAGAGUAAAACAUCGAUGUUCUACAUUAGAGGAAUGCUCUCUGCGCGUAUAAGUCGCG